AUGGUUUUGAAAGAAGAGAAAGCAGGCAUUGCAUUUCCAAAGAGAGGCACAGAUAUUCACAUUGGGAUGCUUUCCUUGCAGGGUGAGCUGUUAAACCCCUGCCGGUGUGACGGGUCGGUUCGGUACACACAUCAGCUGUGCUUGCUAAAGUGGAUCAGCGAGCGAGGCUCCUGGACCUGUGAGCUCUGCUGCUAUAGAUACCACGUCAUAGCCAUUAAAAUGAAGCAGCCCUGCCAGUGGCAAAGCAUUUCUAUAACACUGGUUGAGAAAGUGCAGAUGAUUGCUGUAAUCCUAGGAUCCCUGUUCUUAAUAGCCAGUGUGACUUGGCUUCUCUGGUCAGCCUUCAGCCCCUAUGCAGUGUGGCAGAGGAAGGACAUCCUUUUUCAAAUCUGCUAUGGAAUGUAUGGUUUUAUGGACCUAGUGUGCAUAGGCCUCAUUGUCCAUGAAGGAGCUGCAGUUUACAGAGUGUUUAAGCGCUGGAGAGCCGUUAACUUGCACUGGGAUGUAUUAAAUUACGACAAAGCCACAGACAUCGAAGAGAGCAGCCGGGGAGAGUCUUCCACAAGUAGGACUUUAUGGUUGCCCUUGACGGCUCUGCGGAACAGAAACUUGGUCCACCCAACGCAGCUGACCUCCCCGAGGUUUCAGUGCGGCUACGUGCUACUCCACCUGUUCAAUCGGAUAAGGCCCCACGAAGAUUUGUCAGAAGAUAACAGCUCGGGGGAGGUCGUGAUGAGAGUGACUUCCGUGUGACGGACGAGCACAGCGACACCGUGUGCACCACCCCGCACAUUUUGGAAUGUAAUUGCAAUGAAUGGUGAAACCAUAGCACUUCUACAAAACAUACAUCUAUGAACUUUUUAAAAUUUAUGCUUUUUAUAUGAACAUUUGAAUUGCAAAUACAUUUUUCUGAAAAAAGAGUCCUCUUGUUCUUUGUUGUUCUGAUUUGUCACAUCUUUUAUAAGUUCGUACUUGAAAUCAUUACCCAUAUAAGUUGACUCUACCUGGUGGAGACCAUGAUGACAGUUAUCUUUAAGGCCAAAACUAUUUUUUCUUGCUUAUUUUAAAUAUAU